AUGGCAAACACCAGCGCGCCCGCUCCUCCAACAGAGGAACAACCUUGGCAUGCCGCCUUCCCAUCUCCCAAGUCCAUUGCGACGCCUGUAUCGCAAGAGCACGUGCGCGACUGGUUGACUGGGGACAAAGUUCCUGGGAAGGACUUUGUGCUUGUUGAUCUGCGGAGGAACGAUUAUAAGGGCGGAACGAUACGUGGAUCCAUCAACCUCUCAGCGCAAUCUCUCUACCCCAACAUUCCGCAGCUGUUCAACCUAUUCUCCGCCGCGGGGGUCAAGACGAUCGUUUGGUACUGUGGUUCGUCACUUGGCCGUGGAGGGUGUGCAGCGGGGUGGUUCCAGGAUUAUAUCAAGAGCCAGGGCAAGGAGGGUGAAAUGGAGAGCUGUACGCUUACGGGCGGGAUUAAGGGGUGGGUUGCUGCGGGUGAGGAGUAUGUGGCGCUGGUUGAUAGGUAUGAGACUUCUGAGUGGAGUGCAUAG